AUGACUCCCCGUCGUAUUUCAUCUUCAAACAGGUUGGCGAAUGCUCGUUCUGUUAGCACUGACCAGCCCUCAACCCUCGAGGAUGGUCAGAUGUCUAUGGACUCAUUCGUGACAUCCGUUUCUGGGCCCCGGCCGCCUCGAUCAGAGACACUUCGCUCUGGCGGUUCAUUCUCUCAGCAUAAGCGCACCAUUGGUGGGAUGGUAGCCCGUGGCACUGAGGCCAUCGACAAGCCUCCUUCUCGAAGGUCAACAGACAGAAGGAGGCGCGAGGACAGAAAGAAGAGUUCCAAGGUUUCUGUCACCCUCCGAUGUGAUCCUAAGUGGCUCGGGUCACAGACCACUCGCGGCCUGCAGGCCAAGUACAUGAACAGAGGAGAAGAUAUCUUCAAGCUCAUCGUCGCCGUCCAUUUGGAUGAUCGCAGAGCCAGCAUCAUGACCCUUGUCGUUAACUCUCACUCUGACGCACAGCAGAUCAGGGACCACUCUGAACUGAUCCGCGAUGCCUUUGAUCAUCAGGUUGAGAUUAUUCCUGAGAAGUUUCACAUCUUGUCUACCGACAUCACCAAGAGGAGGCUUGCAGAUCGCCUUGCUGGGCCUGGAGCCAAUCUCAACUACGAAUCACUUUUCGAAGACCUUCCUGGCCGUCUCCAGGAUUGGUGUGCCGAGACAGGCUUGCCUCUCGUGAAGGUUUGUUGGAGGGACGGACGGCUAUCCUUCAUCCUCGAGGACCUUGAAAUGGCUCUUUAUGCAAUCUCCGAGACGUCCUUUUCCGUCUCUGGAAUUUCCACAGAUUUUAUCUCAUUCGAACCCAAGUCAUCGGUCAAGCAGUGCUACAACUGCCAGAACCUCAAACACAUGUCCCGCGAUUGUCCCAACCCUACUCGCUGUGGCUAUUGCUUGGGCCCUCACAGGCUCAGACAGUGCCCACGAGUCGGGCCGAGUCGCUGUGGCGUGUGCCAAGAGGUAGGACAUGCUAGCUAUGAGCGGACCGCCUGCGGAAAUUUUACUAUGAAGAGUGCCCGCUACAGCGCCGGUCUUUGGCGAGGUAAAGCAGACUGGGAAACACGAAACACCAACAAGGUACCUUCUAUGGAUAUGUCCGACGGAUAUGACAAUGUCACGAAACAGGACAUCAUUUCCAUGGUAGAGCAGCGCGACGAUCAAUUCAUCAGCCACAUGAUGAAUUUGUUGAAGGCUUCCCAAUCUCGACUUGCGCAAGAGUCCAAUCUUAGUCCAUGUGUCAGCGCUGAAUCUCCCCUUGAUGAAGGCACUCAUGGAGUAACCCAACUUACUGCCAACAUUCCCACCACCGCUGCUACUGCUGCUACUACUAUCACUACUCCUGCUACUACUACUGCUGCCUCUACUGCUACUAUCGCAACCGCUACUACUAUAGCUAGUACUGCUAUUACUCCAGCUACUACUACACCCUAUACUCCUCCCAAUUCUGCUACCUGUAGUCCUUCCAGUUCUACCGGUGCUGAUACUGUCUCCACUUUGCCUUCGUCACCUAUUGAGUCUCAGAACUGUUCCACUAAGUGUGGUUCGUCUGAGGCAACUGGGUCUCCUUACUAUGCGACUGGCUCUAAUAGGAUUUACAUUAGUGAGAGCCAGGCCAACAAGCGGCGGUCUGCUGGGGAUCACGGCGACCUCUCGCCUCAUGAGCAGGCCAAAAAGGUACGUUUGGAUUUGCAGGGAAGUUGUGCUGAGCCCGUGGUCUCUGAGCCCGAGGCCACUACUGGCUUUGACUCCGCCCCCGCGAGGAGGAUCCUGCGACCCAGGCUCGCUCCAAAGGUGUCCGCGAAGUCUGCGGUCAUCUGUGAUCGCAAGAGCUCGCAGGAUCGUCCCGCGCUGGAUCAGCCAACAGAAGAGCGGGAGAGUGACGCUCUUGCUUCAUGUAAUGAGCAGCCCGAUGGGGAGAAGGAAAAGAAGAAGAAGAAGGGCGGGUAUCGAUUGAGCUUGCUUGCCUAUCAGGAAAUGUACAAAGCAUCAUCUUCCCGUAUCUAA